AUGUCAUGGAUUCCAAGAAUAUUGCCACAUCAUGUUUCUAUUUUAUUAUCUACUUUACCUUCAGAAUAUAACUGCUUGAAUAUUUUAAAGAAAGUAUUGCCUCAUGAUAGUCAAUACCUUGAAAUUCAAUCCUUACCCGUUGAUGUUAGCCAAGAAAUUUUAACGGAUUGGUUAGCGUCUAAUUCAAGAAAAAUAAACGAUCACCAAAUGGAUGUUGUCAGACGAGCAAUCCAGAGUUGCAGUCUACCAUUAUAUUUAAAGUUGGUUUUCGAUCAAACAGUAGCCUGGCAUUCAUAUGAUAAAAUUAGUAGUAAACAUCUUCCGUCUACAAUUCCAUUAAUGAUUGAUGCCUUACUAGAUCGACUAGAACGGAUGCAUGGAAAAGUGUUAGUAUCGCGAGCCUUAGCGUACAUUACUGCUACUAAAUCAGGCUUAACUGAGCCUGAAUUAGAAGACUUACUGUCUUGCGACGAUCUUGUCUUACAAGAUGUCUACCAAUAUUGGUUGCCGCCUGUACGCCGUAUUCCACCUUUACUGUGGACUAGAAUUAGGAAUGAUAUUAAUGAAUAUCUUGUCGAGCGAGAAGCCGAUGGCAGUCAAGUUAUAUAUUGGUAUCAUAGGCAAUUUACUGAAGUUGUACGUCGACGUUACUUAGAUAAUGAUAGAAUCAAGAAAGAAAUUCAUAGUUUGUGCGCUGAUUACUACAUAGGUAAAUGGGCUAACGUUAAUAAACCUUUCGAAUAUACACCUCAACAA